GUAUAUAAACCGCAGCUCACACCCGCAACUGUAUCACAGGUUGGUGAAACAGUGCUACCGCUACUCCUUUGAAACAUGAAGCGGAUGCAUAGUUCAAGCGGCGGUGGCGGUGGUGAUAGUGAUGUGGGAGUUGGUGAGGAUGACAGCUCUUCACCCCCAAAAUUGAGAAAAGAAUCCGCACUUACUUUGACUCGUACAGCUCCUCGUGGAUUCUUGAGAGAGUAUAGAGCCAGUUUCCUAGACGAGCAGAAGGACGUUCUUGGCGUUCUCAACGAUCUAUCGCCAGAUCUGUAUGAAACAAUGGUGCACGAGCUAGGCAUCCAGCAGUUCAAAGCUGUACUGGUUCUUUGUGUCACUGUUGAGAAGCCCAAUGCCGCAGGUGCAAUCGUCUACGCCUCUCCAUUUUUCCGAAGCCGGCCUAUGACUGUGUUGAACGUGAGCAACAUUCCAGGUCUACUAACCGCCGCCUUCGACGGGAUCACUGCAAAGGUGGACGCUUGGGUGCAAGGUGGUUCAGGCUGGGCUGUGAGUAAUGUGAAAACUGCACAUCUUGAUAUUUGCAAGUAUCGUCCAAUGCGCAUGUCGUCGUACCUUCCUCUACCUAAAAAGUUAGCUUCGUCAAAGGCCAUCAUCAAUGUGAAGAAUGACGACGAGCAGUGUCUGAAGUGGGCUCUUCUGUCUGCCCUGCAUCCAGCUGUGCAACAUGCAGAACGUGUGAGCAAGUAUGCGCAGUAUGCGCAGAGUCUCAACUUUGACGGUGUAGAGUUCCCUGCAACCAUAGAUGAUGUGUACAGGGUGGAGAAGGCCAACUCGCUGAACAUCAACGUGUUUGCAUUUGAAGAAAACUACAUCAUUCCCAUAAAGUUAUCAGGUAGUGACAAUGCAAUAAAUCUCCUGAUCCUGCAAGAUGAUCUCCUUAGCCAUUACUGCUGGAUAAAGGACUUUAGCGCUCUAUGUGCCAGCCAGACAAAGUCCCAACACAAGAGGUUCUUCUGCAUGCGAUGCCUCUCCGCACAUCGCAGCGAUACCACUCUGAAGAAGCAUCAACUAUACUGCAGCGAUGUGAAGGCAGCGACAGUCCAGAUGCCAAAAGCAGGCGAGCAGCUCAAGUUCACGGAGAUACAGAGGAAGAUGAAAAUGCCGUAUGUGAUCUAUGCCGAUACUGAGUGUCUGCUGAAAGCAACGUCUCCAGAGCGCCAUGGGAAGCAAACUGUUCGUGAAGCUGAACACGUACCAUGUGCAGUAUCGUAUGUCGUCGUACGCUCUGAUGGUGUACUGAAGAACACUUUCACGUUCAGAGGAGAUGAUCCGAUUGAAAAGCUUUUCGAAGAGCUCUCCAAGGAGGAAGAGCGCAUAGAGGAAGACCUGAAGAACAUACGUCCUAUCAUCAUCACGGAUGAUGAAGAGGUGCAGUUCCGCAAUGCCACAGAGUGCUGGAUCUGUGGCAAGAAACUGAAGGGUGCUGAUCGAGUGCGCGACCACGACCACCUCACCGGACUGUACAGAGGAGCUGCACACAACGCCUGCAAUUUGAAGUUCCGCAUCGUGCCAGAGCACCAUCCCAUCCCCGUUGUAUUUCACAACCUGAAAGGGUAUGAUGGACAUCUCCUGAUAUCCAGCAUCGGCCUCACGUCCAUGAACACUGAGGAGUACAUUGACAGACAAGGACGGCGUCGACGCAAGGUGAAGGGGCGCGUUACUGUCAUACCCAACAAUAUGGAGCGGUAUGUGUCAUUCUCGUGGGGGAGAUUCCGAUUUAUUGACAGUCUUUCCUUUCUGAACGCAUCGCUGGACAAGCUAGUGAGCAACACGCCUCGCGACUCGUUCUUUCAUCUCAAGUCCCUGGCUUCGUCGUACAGCAACAACGCCCCGGGCAGCAGCAGCAGCAGCAGCAGCAGCACCAGCAGCACCAGCAGCAGCAGCAGUGCACCGGGCUCGUCUAGCAAUAACCUGCUGGAUCUCCUGCAUCGCAAAGGUGUCUAUCCCUACGAAUACAUGAACAGCAGCGCUAGGUUUUCCGAGACUGGUCUUCCUGCAAAGGAAGACUUUUACUCACGCCUCUCAGAGUGCCACAUCAGCGAUGAGGACUACUGCCAUGCCCAGCGUGUGUGGACUGCAUUCGGCUGCAGCGACAUGGGCGACUACCAUGAUCUCUACCUGAAGACCGAUGUGCACCUUCUUGCAGAUGUGUUUGAGAAAUUUAGAUGCACUGCAAUGGUCACGUACGAUUUGGACCCGACACACUACUACACCCUGCCUGGAUUCGCGUGGGACGCCCUUCUGAAACAUACAGGAAUUUCGCUCACUCUGCUGGACGACGUGGACAUGCAUCUGUUCGUCGAGCGCGGUCUUCGUGGCGGUGUUACAAUGGCGUCACACCGCCACGCCAGGGCGAACAACAAGUACAUGAGCUCACACGACCCUGAGCAGGCGUCAACAUAUCUUCAAUACCUCGACGCGAACAACCUGUACGGCUGGGCCAUGUCGCAGCACUUGCCGACAUCAAAAUUCCAGUGGUGUGUCCCCAGUGACGAACUCCUGCAGAAGAUCCUCACGCAGCCAGAUGACGCAGACACUGGGUACAUGGUGGAGUGUGAUCUGUCAGUGCCCACAGAGUUCCACGAUCGCCUGAACGACUACCCACCCGCACCGGAGCGUGUAACCAUCACCGAGAGUAUGAUGUCGCCAUACCAGCGCGACUUGAUUGCAGCAGAUCCUGUCUCCGGACUGAGUGCUCCGAAACUGGUCCCGAACCUCAUGCCAAAGCAGCGCUACGUAGCACACUACCGUAACCUCAGGCUGUACAGUCGUCUAGGUCUGAGGAUCGAUGCUGUACACCGCGUGCUCAGUUUCCGCCAAGCUCCGUGGAUGAAGCCCUACAUCCAGCUGAACACGGAGCUUCGGAAGAAGGCGAAGAACGAUUUCGAGAAGGACUUCUUUAAACUCAUGAAUAACGCUGUGUUUGGGAAGACAAUGGAGAAUGUGAGGAGAAGAAUCUCAAUUAGACUGCUGCGUGUGGAAGACGAGGAAGAUACCAUUCUCACAGCUGUGGCCAAGUCCACCUACGUCCGCCAUGUCCUCUUCGACAACGGGCUUGUGGGCGUCGAGAACAGGAAGCUUGCGGUCCACCUGAACAAGCCGGUGUACGUUGGCAUGAGCAUCCUGGAGCUGAGCAAGGAGCUGAUGUACAGAUUUUACUAUGACGAGCUCCAGCCACGCUACGGAGACCGCAUGAGCCUGCUGUACACAGACACGGACUCGCUGGUGCUGCUGUUCCGCACGGAGAACCUCUAUGCGGACAUGAAGAGUAUGGCCGAUCAGUACGACACCAGCAACUUUAGCCCCGACAGUCCUCUGUACAGCGAGAGUAAUAAGAAGGUUGUAGGUAAAUUUAAGGACGAGCUCGGAGGGAAGCUCAUGACAGAGUUCGUGGCGCUCAGAUCCAAAAUGUACGCGUACGAUGGCGAGGAGAGUGGUCAGCGUGCAAAGGGCGUCAAGAGAGCGGUGACGAGAAGAUUCACGAUCGCGGACUACCGUCAGUGUCUGGUCGACAGGACAAGGAUGUCACACGCAAUGACCACCCUGCGCAGCCAUUCGCAUCGUAUCUUCACGGAGACGAUGACCAAGUCGUCUUUGUCGCCGUUCGACAGCAAACGAUACAUCCGAACGGACGGUGUCAGCACACUUGCACAUGGGCACCACCGCAUCGCACUGCUGGAUGACUGAACAAUGAUGGUUGUGGUUGACAAUCACAAUUAUUAGUCACACCCUGUACCAUAUCAAUUCCAUUUGUCUAAUGAGUUACUGAUCUUGAUCUUGAUGAUGAUGAUGAUGAUGAUGAUGUUGAUGUUAUUAUUUUUCUACAUACUACAUAAUUUUGUUUUCUCCAUAACUUAACUAGACUUUUAAUAUAGCUUAACAUAAUUGCGUGAAAUGCAAUCGCACAGUUGAUGAUGUUUACGAUGAUGUCAAUGUUUGAUGUUGAUGUUGAUGAUGAUAAUAAGAAUAAGA